CCCAAUCAUUGUUUGCUGUGUGAUCGUCACGGCGGCGCGUUCAGCUUGUUUCUAUUAGAACCGGAAUUAAACCGCGUUUCGAGUGCGAGUAAUCGAAAGUGAAUUUCAGCUUGUAAUUUAAUUUGUGUUUGCGAAUUAGUCAGCACACGUUAUUUCCCAAAGCAAGUAAUGAAGACAACGUUAGCUGCACUAUCAGUUCUGGCUGCUGCGCUGCUGUGCGUCCCAGCGUAUGCGCAACAGAAUUGCCAGAAUCCUAACCGAAAUAAUGGUAGAUGCAUCUCAAUCUAUGAAUGCGCCAGUCUGCUGGAAAUAUUGCAGAAGCCAACUGGACAAAUCAGCAGCGAGGAUCGCCAAUUUCUGCAGAAAUCUCAAUGUCAAAAUGGUCAGGGAGGCCGUCCACCUUUUGUGUGCUGCAAUGAAGAUAAGGGCUUCAUUACAACCGUGAGACCUGCCGCUAUGUCGUCCGUUGAACUGCCCAAGCCACCGGCCUGUGGAGCCAAUUCACUUGCUGAUAAAAUCUACAAUGGCAAUGAUACCGCACUAGAUGAGUUCGUUUGGAUGGUACUGUUGGAAUAUGAAACUAAGAAUGGUCAACGUGCUCUGGAGUGCGCGGGUAGCCUGAUCAACAGUCGCUAUGUACUGACCGCAGCCCACUGUGUAAUAGGUGAAGUCGAAAAGAAAGUGGGUCGUCUUACUAGAGUGCGCGUGGGCGAGCACGAUCUCUCCACGGAUAGAGAUUGCCACAAUGAGGUUUGCAAUCCACCUAUACAGGAAUUUAACAUCGAACAAGUUAUCGCGCACCCGGAAUACGACCCAAGUAGCAACAAUAAGCAUCAUGAUAUUGCGCUGAUCAGACUGAGCGCGCCCGUCGUGCUCAAUGAGUACAUUCAACCCGUCUGUUUGCCACUCGCCAGCACUCGAUCAGCUAUCAGUCCCGUCGAGGUAUUCACUGUCAGUGGCUGGGGACGUUCGCUGACGGCACGCAAGAGUAACGUCAAACAGCGAUUGGAUAUACGUUUCGUAGAUGGUAAAGCGUGCUCCAAAAAAUUUGAAGAGGCGAAUAUACGUUUGAUAAGUAACCAGCUAUGCGCUGGCGGAGAAUUCGCUCGCGAUAGCUGUGACGGAGAUUCGGGUGGUCCAUUGAUGCGUCUUACGAGCGCUUGGUUUCUAGAAGGCGUCGUCUCCUUUGGUAAUCGUUGUGGGCUCGCGGGCUGGCCUGGCGUCUAUACCAGGGUUUCGGAGUAUAUCAGCUGGAUAGAGGGAGAGUUGCGGCCAUGAAGAGAGAACAUCACACCAUUAGAAAAUGCACCUUCUGUAAAGUUAAGUUUUUAAUUAAAAGUAAGGCGAGACAAGGCAAAGCGUGUUGUUGGUCGAAUAUAGCGAAGUUUACGCACUUUAA